UGGUACCCGCGUGUCGAGUUGGUAAGAGAGGGUCUCUGUGUGUGGUGUUGUGAGAGGGCGGCGUCAGUGAGUCAGCUGUGGCCUGGACCACGCUACGCCACCUCAUCUUACACUCCUUUAGACCCGUACGCAGGGGAGGAGUGACGAGCGGACGCGUCAAUGAAGUGAAUAUCUAAUGUCGUAUGAAAGAAGGAUAUGUGACUGAUUUUAAAAAAAGAGGAUUGGUGCUGUAUAAGAUUUUACUUGUUUACACAGUGGAGUGUGUAUAAAUGUUAGUGUAGUGGUGAUGCUGCUAAGGGGAGAGGUGUGCGUCCCGGGCCUCACUCUGCAGCAUCAUCUAGACAUGACAUGGGGAAAACACUCAACUUCCGGGUGGUCCACAGAGGCCCCCUGAGUUUAGCGUCCCCUGGGUCAUGCACUGAUGUACGAGUGACGUCACAGUGCUGUAUUGUGCACAGAGAAGAGUAAUAAAAACAACCGCCAGCACCCAUGACCAGCGCGUGGGACACCCACAAUUGUCGGACUGGACGUGUCGUGCUGGUGCUUUCGGGGGUCCAGGGACCUAAACGGGGACCCCAGGGGCCCGUCCCGCCCCUCCGGGCCCCCAACAGCUCCCAUAGAACUCUCAGGGGUAGCUGGAGAACAUCUGGUGCUGAGACAGCCGCUUCGAGCUGGGUACGGGCAUUUCUCGCGGACGUAUGAAGGACAGCCUUCGCGGGAGACUCCGAGAUAUCCGACGUGGCACGGUCAUGAGUCGCAGCCGCAGUUCAAGUUGGUGUUCCCGCCGCUGUCGGGAAGUUCACGGGGCUCUCCGUCGUCGGGGAUGCGAACGCCGCCCUACGGCAUUGGGCGCACGAGAGAGCCGCCCCCGUUGGCCACCAGCACGCCCCGACAUGACCGAACACCUCGCCCGUCCCCCUCGCCUUCCCUGCAGGAGAGAGGCACGCGCACCCUGCAGUCCCCCGCCCGCGUGCGGACUUCCCCACCGAAAGGAUACGUUUCUUCCUCACGAGGUAGCAAGGCCGCCAGCCCCCUGCGUGGGCGUGUCCCCAUGGCGGUGACGGAUCGCGGGGCCCCUCGUCGGCGUCCGCGCCGCUCUCAGGGACGGAGGGCGCCCCGCUCCAGGAACUCCCAUGACGCUAACACCUCAAGCCAAAGUGUUUGCCAUAGUACAAAGCCCCCUGUGACCUUCCCCCGCCCCCUCCCCCUACCUCGGGACGAUACAGUCUCGGACAUCUCUAUAGUGUCUCCUAUGCCCGCCCUCGACGUCUCCUACACUGCCUACCUCACGCCAGACGUCCUUACGCCCACUGCCAUACCGCCUUCACCGCCCACGUCGCGAGCCCCGUCGGCGAGGGAAAUCUGGGACUUCGACGACGAGGAAGCCUACGUCCAGCACAACCCCUUGUAUUGGCUGGUUCCGGAGGCCCAUGAACAGCCUGAACCGCGAGAGCGCCCCGUGGCCCCUGCCCCCCAUUAUUACUACCCCCACCCCCAUGCUCCUCUACCAGACACGUACAUUGGCCACAGACCCGCCCACAAGCCCGCGCCCAGGUGGUCGUCUCCGUAUGGAAGAGGGCGCGCAUCCCCUGUUCCAUACCUGCACCGUCAGGAAGAGCGUGGGCGGGGUAGGGGUGCAUCUCCAGGUACGCACGCACAUUUGCGUCUCUCGCCCAUCAGCGAGAACUCCCAGCCGACCAAUAUCGUUACCUACGCCGAUGUACACACGCAGGAACGCCCCCACCGCCAGCCACGCGGUCGGAGUUUCAAACCGUCCCCGCCACGAAGGCAUCGACUGGCCGCGCAAAGGAAACGUUCCAACAUCCGUAUAUUCGACUUAAAGGAUGAUGCCCGCUUUGUUUACAUCGUGCACGCCCUUAUACAGGCCUUCAUUUGCAUCGAACAGGUAUAAUAGACAGAGAAAAUUAUAGAUGAAAUGCAUUAGAGUUGAGACCUAGAAAUGCCAUGUUAAAUAACUCGGUUGCAAUAGCUAAAGUCGCUGGCAUUAAAAGUCUUGGAACUAAAAAGAUAUCGGCAGUGCGCGUGCCUCGCAUGGUGUGGCCAGACCAUGGUCUAGAAAGGGAGCUAGGACCACUCAGGACACGCGAGGCAAGGAUGGCACGGCUGGCUCAGCUGGUCCGGCCGAGUGACGUGUAGUGUGGCACCGUCGAGCAGGGACUUGGUGGGGGUUGAGCCACGGGGGAGGAAAGUGCAGCAUGGACGCCCCAGGGAGAUCCCCCGCCCACGCUUCUUGACGACGCAAACGAUUGUCCCGGAGGGCUAGCCUCGUGGGCGGGACGCCUAAGCGC